AUGGAGCCCCAUCUCCUCUUCGUCCUCAACACCCUCCUCCUCUUCAUCCUCAUCUUAGUGGUCUCGGCAGCCGCCAUGGCGUCGACAUUCGCCCUAGUCGUCUGCGUCAUCAGCUUGAUCGAUCUCGUGGGGAAGGUGAGGCGCCGUCGCCGGCGGGGGUUGGCCGGGUUGAUCCGCAGCCUCCUGUCGUCGCCGGGGACGUCGACGAAGGCGGCGGGGUUUGUUCUUCUGAUGUCUACGCCACCGACGGCGGCGACCGGCUCCGUCGUGCCGCCGUCGCCGGGAUCGGUCGACGAGGUGGCCAUCGACAUGCCGUCGGCAAAGAGCGACAACGAGCUCUUCGCACCCUCGUGGAGUAGUUAA